AAAAAAAGUGAUGUGUAAGCUCAGAAUCUUUGUGUCUGCAUUGACACGUAGAUUCUACCUGGCGGUCUUCUUCACGUUCUUCUUCCUUCGUCGGGGCAACCCAUCCGAUGCCGCGGUCAUUGUCUUUCGCGAUGACGUAGGCAUCAUGGCUUUCGGCGUACUCGAUGCACCAUUUCUGAGCUUCUGCCUUGAUGGAACCGACGAGAAGGCCAUUCUCUUCCAGUGUCUUGUGACCCCUGGCACUAAUCACGUAGGCACACCCCAACUUUCUCCAUAUUGAACUGUCAAAACCGUUAUGUAAUGUGUUCGAGCGCAGGAUACAAGACCGAACCCACUGUCGGGGGCUCCUUGACAGAAUUCCUCUCAUAAAGGAGGACUGGCAAAGUGGCGGGCUUGGUGGGGGGCAUUCCAACGUAGGGCUCCCCAUCUAUCAAGGAGUAGAUGAUAGCGUUCUUGCUCGGCUUGAGGGGGUUCGGCAUGA